AUGACGCCCGCUACGGGUGGUACUGUUAGACCGGACGGCAGCAUCGUGACCAAGACGGUCCGCACGACGACUUGCACCACGAAGCCUGCGGACGGCGAGCUCGUGACGACGAUCGAGGUGGAAACGACGACUGAAACGGAAUCCCCGGACGGCACGACGAGCACUACAGUGGCGACGGAGACCUGCGAAGAGACGGAGACGGAGGAGAGCAGCCUCCCAAUGACGCCCGCUACGGGUGGUACUGUUGUAAGUGUGACGGAGCAAGCUGACACUGUGCCAGGCAAGUCGGUGAAGACCGAGGUGUUCCGCUCGGAGAGACCGGACGGCAGCAUCGUGACCAAGACGGUCCGCACGACGACUUGCACCACGAAGCCUGCGGACGGCGAGCUCGUGACGACGAUCGAGGUGGAAACGACGACUGAAACGGAAUCCCCGGACGGCACGACGAGCACUACAGUGGCGACGGAGACCUGCGAAGAGACGGAGACGGAGGAGAGCAGCCUCCCAAUGACGCCCGCUACGGGUGGUACUGUUGUAAGUGUGACGGAGCAAGCUGACACUGUGCCAGGCAAGUCGGUGAAGACCGAGGUGUUCCGCUCGGAGAGACCGGACGGCAGCAUCGUGACCAAGACGGUCCGCACGACGACUUGCACCACGAAGCCUGCGGACGGCGAGCUCGUGACGACGAUCGAGGUGGAAACGACGACUGAAACGGAAUCCCCGGACGGCACGACGAGCACUACAGUGGCGACGGAGACCUGCGAAGAGACGGAGACGGAGGAGAGCAGCCUCCCAAUGACGCCCGCUACGGGUGGUACUGUUGUAAGUGUGACGGAGCAAGCUGACACUGUGCCAGGCAAGUCGGUGAAGACCGAGGUGUUCCGCUCGGAGAGACCGGACGGCAGCAUCGUGACCAAGACGGUCCGCACGACGACUUGCACCACGAAGCCUGCGGACGGCGAGCUCGUGACGACGAUCGAGGUGGAAACGACGACUGAAACGGAAUCCCCGGACGGCACGACGAGCACUACAGUGGCGACGGAGACCUGCGAAGAGACGGAGACGGAGGAGAGCAGCCUCCCAAUGACGCCCGCUACGGGUGGUACUGUUGUAAGUGUGACGGAGCAAGCUGACACUGUGCCAGGCAAGUCGGUGAAGACCGAGGUGUUCCGCUCGGAGAGACCGGACGGCAGCAUCGUGACCAAGACGGUCCGCACGACGACUUGCACCACGAAGCCUGCGGACGGCGAGCUCGUGACGACGAUCGAGGUGGAAACGACGACUGAAACGGAAUCCCCGGACGGCACGACGAGCACUACAGUGGCGACGGAGACCUGCGAAGAGACGGAGACGGAGGAGAGCAGCCUCCCAAUGACGCCCGCUACGGGUGGUACUGUUGUAAGUGUGACGGAGCAAGCUGACACUGUGCCAGGCAAGUCGGUGAAGACCGAGGUGUUCCGCUCGGAGAGACCGGACGGCAGCAUCGUGACCAAGACGGUCCGCACGACGACUUGCACCACGAAGCCUGCGGACGGCGAGCUCGUGACGACGAUCGAGGUGGAAACGACGACUGAAACGGAAUCCCCGGACGGCACGACGAGCACUACAGUGGCGACGGAGACCUGCGAAGAGACGGAGACGGAGGAGAGCAGCCUCCCAAUGACGCCCGCUACGGGUGGUACUGUUGUAAGUGUGACGGAGCAAGCUGACACUGUGCCAGGCAAGUCGGUGAAGACCGAGGUGUUCCGCUCGGAGAGACCGGACGGCAGCAUCGUGACCAAGACGGUCCGGACGACGACUUGCACCACGAAGCCUGCGGACGGCGAGCUCGUGACGACGAUCGAGGUGGAAACGACGACUGAAACGGAAUCCCCGGACGGCACGACGAGCACUACAGUGGCGACGGAGACCUGCGAAGAGACGGAGACGGAGGAGAGCAGCCUCCCAAUGACGCCCGCUACGGGUGGUACCUUCAAGAAGACGCCCGAGACGACGGAGGUGGAUGAGACGGAGGAGACCACGACCAUCACGACGGAGACGUAUGAGACGAUUGAGGAGGUGCCAACCUUCAAGAAGACGCCCGAAACGACGGAGGUGGAUGAGACGGAGGAGACCACGACCUUCACGACGGAGACGUAUGAGACGGUUGAGGAGGUGCCAACCUUCAAGAAGACGCCCGAGACGACGGAGGUGGAUGAGACGGAGGAGACCACGACCAUCACGACGGAGACGUAUGAGACGAUUGAGGAGGUGCCAACCUUCAAGAAGACGCCCGAAACGACGGAGGUGGAUGAAACGGAGGAGACCACGACGUUCACGAUGGAGACGUAUGAGACGAUUGAGGAGGUGCCAACCUUCAAAAAGACGCCCAAAACGACGGAGGUGGAUGAGACGGAGGAGACCACGACCAUCACGACGGAGACGUAUGAGACGAUUGAGGAGGUGCCAACCUUCAAGAAGACGCCCGAGACGACGGAGGUGGAUGAGACGGAGGAGACCACGACGUUCACGACGGAGACGUAUGAGACGAUUGAGGAGGUGCCAACCUUCAAGAAGACGCCCGAGACGACGGAGGUGCCAACCUUCAAGAAGACGCCCGAGACGACGGAGGUGGAUGAGACGGAGGAGACCACGACGUUCACGACGGAGACGUAUGAGACGAUUGAGGAGAGUGCCAACCUUCAAGAAGACGCCCGAGACGACGGAGGUGGAUGA